AUGAAAAAUACAGAUAUAAAAUUACUUACUUAUAAUGUUUUCAUUAGGCCACCUGGUAUUAGAAAUAAUUAUGACGACUAUAAAGACGAAAGAAUAGAAUGUAUGAUAUCAGAAAAUUUAACACCACAUGUUUUAAAUAAAAAUACCACAAGCCCACAAGGCAUUCCAAAUGAAAUCUAUUCAAUAGAUCGUAAUAGUUUCCCAUAUAUACCUUAUUUUUCACCAUGGAAAUAUCCAAAAUAUACUCAACAAAAAUCAAAGACACCAUUAGAACAACAAUCUCUUCAUAACAACUCUAAAGAUUUCAAACCAAUCAACUCUAAAUCAAUUCUUGGUCAGUAUGAUAUCAUUUGUUUUCAAGAACUAUUUUCAGCAUUCAGCUAUCGUCAAAGAAGGUUCAUAGAGAAGGCCAAACAGCAAGGUUUUAAAUACUACUCCGCAUCACCCUUACCUGCUUACUUAAAAUCAACUUUCUUAGUUGAUGGUGGUUUAGUUGUAUUAUCGAAAUAUCCAAUUGUUGCAACAGACUAUUUUUUAUAUGAACAAGGUGUAGACAGUGAUAUGCUGGCCUCAAAAGGUGUUCUUUAUACAAAAAUUAAAGUGGUUCCUAAUGGUUUGGAUAGUGAUGAUGAUAAUUUUAUACAUCUCUUUACAACUCAUAUGCAAGCCUCUUAUGCCCCAAAAGUAGAUAAGAAAACUCGUAAAGAAACGUCAAACCCACCACCACUAGAGCAACAACCAAACACAAUUAACUAUCCAAAUAUGAAAAACGAUAACAUUAGAAUUAUUCAAAUUAACCAACUUCGUGAAUUUAUUAUUGCAAAAACUUUUAGAGAUAAAUCAACAAUAUUUUUAGCUGGAGAUUUAAAUGUUGAUGGUAGAACAUCAAAAGACGACCCAAGAGAUAGUACCUCAUAUACCCAAAUGAUAGAUUUACUUUCAACUACAAAUAACAAAGAGUAUCCAAAUGAAUAUUUCCCAAAAGAUAAAAAAGUUUUUUCAAUUACCGAUCUCUUAAAAGAUGAUUCAAACGGAAACCAUCCUCCAACUGUUGGCGAUAUAAAACAAAAAAAGGAUAACAAAGGUCAAAUAGAGGAAGUACCAUUAGAAACUGCUCUUACCAAUCCAAACGAUUAUAAAUGUAUGAAAAGAUUAGAUUAUAUUUUAAUUUUCAACAGAGAAUUUGAAGUUUCGGUUGGUGGUGUUGAUAUUGAUAAAGUUCAAUCUCCUCAAGGACCAUCCAAUCAUGUUGUUUCCACCGUAAAAGGCUCCACAAAAGUAGAACCAUUCUUUAUUCAAGGCUUUCCAUUUACUCAACUAAGUGACCACUACGGCGUUUCGACUAGAAUCCAAGUUAAAAAAUAA